GAAAGGAAGGACAAGUUGGGAGAACGUAUUACAGCUCUUCAGCAACUAGUUUCCCCUUACGGAAAGACGGACACCGCAUCAGUUCUACUAGAGGGAAUGCAAUACAUUCAGUUUCUUCAAGAACAAGUCAAGGUUCUAAGCGCUCCAUAUCUGCAAGCAACAACACCCACUAAUACGCAGGAAAGGAAGGACAAGUUGGGAGAACGUA